CUAGCUGUCGCGAGCUGUAAUCCUCGAGCCUUUCAGAAUAAGCAGCUAGCCGGCCGGUGAUCUAAUUUACCACGAGCACUCACCUCUCGGGGACAGUUAGCUUCAGCAAGGGGGCUCGCGCUAACCUGUGUUCGUCAGCUCACAAAGGGACGCCACCAAGAUGUCCAAAGACACGGAAGGAAAGAGCGAGAAAAUUAUGGAUAUGGAGAGCAAGGUGUUGUGGUACCCGGACUCCAAGAGGAAUACACAGAUGGACAAGUUUAGGAUACAGGUCAACGGGGACUAUGGACUUAAUCUGGUCAACUACAAUGACCUGUACCAGUGGUCGGUGGACAACUACCCAGAUUUCUGGGCAGAGGUGUGGCGCUUCUGUGGAGUAGUCAGCUCCAAACCAUAUGAAGAGGUUGUGGAUGUAACCAAACGGAUCUCGGAUGUUCCAGAGUGGUUUAAAGGAGCCCGGCUCAACUACGCUGAGAACUUGCUCAAACAUGCAGACCAGGACAAAGUAGCUCUCUAUGCUGCAACGGAAGCAAAUGAUGAGAUUGUGAAGGUGACGUUUGGGGAGCUGAGGCGGGAUGUGGCGUUGUUUGCUGCAGCCAUGAGGAAAAUGGGCGUCCAGACUGGAGACAGGGUUGUAGGCUACCUGCCUAAUGGUAUCCAUGCAGUGGAGGCCAUGUUAGCAGCAGCCAGCAUUGGAGCCAUUUGGAGCUCCACGUCUGUCGACUUUGGAGUCAACGGUGUCCUCGACAGGUUUUCUCAAAUCCAGCCCAAACUGAUCUUCUCUGUUGCAGCUGUGGUUUACAAUGGCAAAACACACGACCACAUGGAAAAGCUGACCAGUGUUGUCAAAGGUCUGCCUGACCUGAAGAAAGUAGUGGUGAUUCCCUACGCCCGCUCCAAACAGGAGACUGACCUCUCCAAGAUCCCCAACAGUGUAUUUAUAGAUGAGUUUUUGGCAUCUGGUCGUGGUGAGGCCGACCAGUUUCCUCAGCUGGAGUUUGAGCAGCUUCCGUUCAAUCACCCUCUGUUCAUCAUGUACUCUUCUGGCACCACAGGAGCUCCUAAAUGUAUGGUCCACUCCGCUGGGGGCACACUCAUCCAACACUUGAAAGAACACAUUCUCCAUGGCAAUAUGACCAGCAGUGACGUCAUCAUUUACUACACCACGACUGGCUGGAUGAUGUGGAACUGGCUGGUGUCUGCUCUGGCAGUGGGAGCCUCAGUGGUUUUAUAUGACGGUUCACCACUAAUGCCCACACCCAAUGUACUGUGGAACCUGACAGACCAGCUGGGCAUCACCAUCUUUGGUACCGGGGCCAAGUGGCUAUCUGUGCUGCAGGAGAGGAACCUGAAACCCGCGGAAACACACAACCUCCAGUCUCUCCACACCAUCCUGUCCACUGGAUCUCCUCUCAAACCUCAGAGCUACGACUACGUCUACCGCUGCAUCAAGAGCAACGUGUUGCUGGGCUCCAUCUCAGGCGGCACUGACAUCGUGUCAUGUUUCAUGGGUCAGAACCCAACAGUUCCAGUGUAUCGGGGCGAGAUCCAAACAAGGAACCUCGGCAUCGCUGUGGAAGCCUGGAGCCUUGACGGUAAGCCUGUAUGGGGAGAGAGCGGAGAGCUUGUGUGCUUGAAACCAAUCCCCUGCCAGCCAACACACUUCUGGAAUGACGAGAAUGGGAGCAAAUAUCACAAAGCGUACUUUUCUACAUAUCCUGGGGUGUGGGCCCACGGAGACUACUGUAAAAUCAACCCAAAGACAGGAGGCAUUGUCAUGCUGGGCAGAAGUGACGGUACAUUGAACCCCAACGGAGUCCGAUUUGGCAGCUCGGAGAUCUACAACAUUGUGGAGGCGUUUGAGGAAGUGACAGACAGUCUUUGCGUUCCUCAGUACAACGCCGAUGGAGAGGAGCGAGUUAUUUUGUUCUUAAAGAUGGCACCUGGUAAGCCCUUCUGUCCAGAGCUGGUGGCGAAGAUUAAAGGAGCCAUCAGAAAAGCUCUGUCUGCCCGACACGUCCCCGCUCUGCUGCUGGAGACCAGAGACAUUCCUUACACCAUCAGCGGUAAGAAGGUGGAGGUGGCUGUGAAGCAGGUGAUUGCUGGCCGGGAGGUGGCGCAAAGAGGAGCUUUUUCCAACCCUGAUUCACUGGACCUCUACAAGAACAUUCCUGAACUGCAAAACUAUUAGAGCUGAGACUUCACUGAGCUGGAGAGUGAGGACCACCUCAGAAGAAUUCAGCUUAGUUUUUAAAUUAACUUUAUUCAAAUUUACAGGAACAGGGAGACGUGCAAAUGCAUUGCAGUGGUAGUUUACCAAAGCCAUAUUUGCAUAGGACUAUUAUUAGCAGGGGGCCUCUAGUCAUUCGGAAAAACUGCAGAGGUCGAUUGUGAUCUCAGUUCUGUGUGAAUCUGCCAUGUCUGUAAUUUGUGAGGUAAAAACUACAGCAAAAUUACUUGCCAUAUUUCGCCAAACACAGAGGUAAGAGGUCACAUGAAAUUAUUAGUCCCGUGCAAAACAGCAUUUCUGCGAUAUGGAGUCAAAUUUAGGUCUUUUGAUUUUGUAUGCUCUUCCUGGUUGAGAAUUAAGGAGGCUGUGUUGGCAAUUACAGUUUUCACAGCAUUUUAGGUGCAGGAGGCCUAUCUCAUGACACUGCAUGGAGACCCAUUUGCUAAAAGAGCAAGGUCAAAUCCAUCAGAGGACAGAAAUCUCAAAAAAAUUAUGCAGUGGAUGACUAUGUGUGACUAUGAAGAUUAUAUGUGGCAGCUUGAUUAAGCCCCACUGAAAACAGGGUUCCCAUGAAUUUUCAGGGACAAAAUUUUUACAGAAAACAAAUUUGCCGUUAAGUUACAUGAAGGUUGUCUAGGAAGAUAACUAACAAUUUCAUUAUACACAACAAAUUUCCAUUCCGAAACUUUAAAUGAUUUUUACUAAUCCCAUGAUUUUUGAAGGCCUGUAAAAUGUGAUUGUGCAAUGCCAUGACUUUUGCAGGACUUUCAUGACUGUGGGAACCCUGUAAAACAGGAAAAAAGGAAGUUAACACUGCACAUAUCUGUAAGAGGUACCGUUUAGUGUUUUGUUAUUGUGUAAAAUUGAGUUACAAAUGACUGUGCAUCAUAUUCGGGAGAUAAUGUCAGUCAGUUUGAGUUAAAUACAGACUUUGCUUAUCGUGUGCAAAUGCGGCGCAAGAAACACAGACGAAAGGGUUAAUUUCUAAAUCACAUGAGGUCCCCUGUAAGUACAAGUCCUGUUCGAAUAGGGCUAAAGGCACCUUUGUUCAGGGCAUAAAAAAGGAAAAAAUGUCAAAAUAACACAAAAGUUGUACAAAUAAUAUGUAAAUAUAAUAUAAUAAGUGUCCAGGCAGAAAAGAGUUGUUCCAUCGGCUUGCUUUCAUUCACGUGAUGAGCAGCUGCUCUCAGUUUAUCAUGGUGUGCAAGUGAAUGUCGUACAGGAUUCAGCUUUGGCUAUAAGAUGAUGUUCACUGCAGCGCAUGUGAAUAAGCUCACGCUCUGAAGCCACUAAUAAUGGAGAAGUGUAAUUCAGCCACAAGCGCUUUGCUUUGGUGUCACAGUCUGAUCGCUAUCAACCAGUGAAGAACCAUAUCUGUGUGUACAUGGUUUAACCCCAGCGUCGGCUCUAAGAUCGUGGAAGUGUGUAGAUAAACACGCACAAACAUCUGGGAUUAACACCUCAGCUCUGGCUCAUAUCAUUGUAUCAUUGUUACAGUAUGUGGUGGAUGUUGCUUUAUCAAAUGUAUAUAUUUGAGUAUGUAUUUUUUGGACUGUAAAAUUACAUUAACGUUCGAAAUAUGCAUUUAAAAAUUAGUGACCCAAACCUGUAUAUCAAAGUGAGUCUCAGAGAUGGAAGGUCGUAACAUGUCAGGAGUUUGGAUAAAUGAAGCAGAAAUUCAAGAUAAUGCAAAACUUACUGAACUUUUUUCAGCCUAAAAAGUUAUUGAUCUCUUGUGUAUUACAUGCUCAAAUCCUAAUAACCAUUGACUUUAUUUCAUUCUGCCCGAUUCAACGCAAGAAUUAAUGCCCUCUACAAAGUUUUUCAUCGGCCCUCAUUUAUCCAGCUAAGUCAGUCGAGGUCAAGUGAAACAGGGGUUCAUUUCACCACAAAAGCCUGUAUUUGUUCGUUCCAUGUCUGUGUUCAUGUGUCAUGACUAAGAAAAUUAUGUCUCUUCAAAUAGCUGCAGCACAGUCUGUUUUUGCUUUGUAUGUGGGAAAGCUGAAUUAUUCAAAAUUUCCUCAUGCUGUGUGGCAAAGCCUUAAGGCCAGUUAAUGCUAUUAAAGAUGAACUGCAGUGGUUGUGGUCACUAGCAGCACCACAGAGAAACUAACCAAAAUGUGAAUUGUGCAACAACCACAGAUUUCAGUGUCAGAGAGGCAUUGAAUCUUUGGAGAAAAAAUAAGCCAGAGGAUGUGUUUCAUACUAGUACAGUGGUUUUCUUACUGAACUUUCUGUGGUUUUUAAGAAUUCUUUUUGUUAGCUUUUGUUUCAGUCUUUGUCACUUGUGUCAGGGUCAUUUUAAACAUGUUUGAAGGUACGAAUGUAAACAAAUUAACUGGGA